UGCCUCCUGCCCCUCCCAGCAGUAGCACCUCCUCAAAGUUUGCUGUCUGCGCUCUAAGCAGGCAUCAUACUGCCUGCAACGCUUCUUGACAACUUCAGACCUCGUGAAUGACAGGGAGAUAGCGAAAAGAAAAUCUGUUUCUACAGACCAUUUUUACAGACAACUUCACAAGGAACGGAACACAUGCUAUCCAAGUUUUAAACCACACAAAUAAAACGGGACGCGACUGAAAUUGAUGUAUCUACCGAGGGAUACUUCCCUCAACAUGUGGGAUAUGAGCUGAUGCUGGGAUAAGUAGAUUUCUUUUACAAAUAAGUUCACUGUACUUAUCCAAAAUUAUAACCCUUUGAAUUUUUAGAUUAAUCUCGUUACGCUUAACUGUUUCAAGUGUAACGUUAAUAGUAACGCUGCAUUUGGCUACGUCCAGAGAAUAUGGUUUCGAUAUUAGAUACAAGUGCUCCGGCACUAAUGCUUGUAUGGGGAUACUGUGUGCUGGCUGAAACCGUCUUCACGAACUUUACUUUGGACAACGAGGUCCACUCAAGUUUUAUUCAUCGGCGACUGAAAAGCCAGGAGCGCAGAGAGAUGCAGCGCGAAAUUCUGUCCAUUCUGGGGCUUCCUCACCGGCCCCGACCGCACCUCCACGGGAAGCACAAUGCAGCCCCGAUGUUCAUGCUGGACCUGUAUAAUGCCAUGUCCACAGACGCAGAUGGCUACUCAUACCCUUACAAGCCCGUCUUCACCACACAGGGACCACCGAUUGCAACUCUACAAGACAACAACUUUCUUAACGAUGCUGACAUGGUCAUGAGCUUUGUCAAUCUAGUGGAACAUGACAAGGAAUUCCUGCCCGUACGGCGACACCACAGGGAGUUCCGCUUCGACCUGUCGCGGAUCCCCGAGGGUGAGGCCGUCACCGCGGCCGAGUUCCGCAUCUACAAAGACUUCGUCCACGAGCGCUUCGACAACGAGACCUUCCGCAUCAGCAUCUACCAGGUGCUGGAGGAGCACUCUGACAGGGAAUCAGACCUGUUCCUCCUGGACUCACGGGUCAUCUGGGCAGCCGAGGAGGGGUGGCUGGUGUUUGACAUCACUGCCACCAGUAACCACUGGGUCCUGAAUCCGGGCCGGAACCUGGGGCUGCAGCUGGCUCUGGAGAGUGUGGAUGGUCUGAGUGUGAACCCCCGAGUGGCGGGGCUGAUUGGCCGCAGUGGGCCCCAGAACAAGCAGCCCUUCAUGGUGGCCUUCUUCAAGGCCACUGAGGUCCACAUUCGCAGCAUUCGGUCCGCCGGCAACAAGCAGCGCAACCCCAACCGCUCCAAGGGCUCCAAGGGCCAGGAGGCUCUGAGGGUGGCCAACAUCGCAGAGAACAGCAGCGCCGACCAGAAACAAGCCUGCAAGAAACAUGAGCUGUAUGUCAGCUUCAGGGAUCUGGGGUGGCAGGACUGGAUUAUCGCGCCAGAAGGCUACGCAGCGUACUACUGCGAGGGGGAGUGCGCCUUUCCACUCAACUCCUACAUGAACGCCACCAAUCACGCCAUCGUGCAGACAUUGGUUCACUUUAUAAACCCAGACACUGUGCCCAAACCCUGCUGUGCUCCCACCCAACUCCAUGCAAUCUCCGUCCUGUACUUUGAUGACAGCUCCAACGUCAUCCUGAAGAAAUACCGUAACAUGGUGGUCAGGGCAUGUGGCUGCCACUAAUACCCUCCCCCUUCCAAGACAACAUGCACACACACAUACCAAAAUACACACAAACAAACAUACAUAUACACACGCACAGACAAGUGCACCCACACAUAUACAGACACGCACACACAUCCCAGGAUGCAGUGGUACUGAAGGAGAGUUGAAGGGAACUGAGCAUCUUGGAAACUUGACUCGUCUCUGCAAGUUGAGGCCACUCCCCCACCCCUGAUGGACGGACAGCCCUCCCUGCACCCUGCUUGGUUCCCACUGCAGUCGGCCUACCUGCUGGUCACAUGAUCAACACUGUGGGAGCGGAUCCAUUCCAGUCCCCUCCAUAUCUGUGUGCACCGAGCUUCACGCCGAUCCAUGACCCUGCACUGGCUCCUGAUUGGCUGAGGUUCUAGCUCCCCCGGUCUGACCUUCAUUCAUGUUGCUGGGAGACAACCUCCAUGCUCUGUACAGGGAACCCCCCACGGCUGCCUCUUUGAUGAGAGAGUGAGAGAGAGAGAGAGAGAGCGAGAGAUGGAGGAUCCUUUGCAAUGCGGCAGUCAUUGUAGCCAAUGUAUGCAUCCCAGUCCUCCUCACCAGGCCCUGCUGUGGGUUUGUCCAAACCCGCGUCCUCUGCUCAGUUUUGCUUUCACCUCAGAACAUUGCCUAGCAGGCCAGAUCCCAUCUGGAUUCCGUCUGUGGCCCCAAUGGACACGCUGUGGAGAUUGUUUGCUCAAGAUUGACAUGAGCUCAGGACAGAUCUGCUCAAUCGCUCCCCUACCUGUGCUGUCUACUGUGUACAAGACAUUUUUACGUGGCACAGCCCACACACUUUCCACAUUCUUUUCUGUUGCAUUAUUCCGUCUCACACAUUUCUUUUAUCAUUCUUUUGGAGUUCAAAAGUCACGGCUAAAGGAGGGUAGAUUGCUAGGUGAACUCUUUGUAUGAUACUGUGUAAAUAGUUCUUUAAAGACAGAGAAGAGUGUAUUUAUUUCCAGGUCUGGAUGUAAAUGGGGAAGCUGUUCUCAUCUGCCGUUCUCCAUGUGUUCAACUUCUCUUUUUUUCCACUUCCUUUUUAAUGUAAAGCGGCGAUUUUGUUCUGCUUAUGACACCAAAAAUGGUAAUACAUUUUGGGAACAUCGAGGGAUGUGGAUAUUGGUACAAUGCUUCCUCACAACGGAGCCUCCAAAAUGGCUUCUUCUUUGUAAGCUUUGACCAAGUGGUUAUACUGAAGAAUAAUAGGUGUAACUCUAUCGUCAGUCAUGGUUAAAUACCACAGGAGCAGCAUGGGAAUAUCCCAGGCACUUCCUCUGAAUUCUUAACGUUGCUGUAAUGAUAUUGGGAGGAGGUUAAGGGUAAGGUCAGGAUAUAUGAUAUGUGACCAACACCAAAAUGUAGAGGCAGCAGGAGACUUUGUGGCAUUUCUCUCAAAUGAGAAGUGUUAAGUCUUUGCAGCACAAGCUUUCUUUUUUCUUAAUUGCAGUCACUACGGUAACAGUUUUUACAUUCAAAGUAAAUCAACAGAAGAAUGUGCAGUGGCAUCCACAGUGCAUUCUGAAACAAACAGUAGGCAGAAUUAUGAUUGCGGGCGAGGGAAAAGAUGCCUUUAAGGACUGUCAGCUCGUUUCAGGAUUUUACAUUUCUCAUUCUGCUGUGAAGAAACCACUUUUCUUUUCUUAUUUAAAAUAAAUAUUUAUUAAGUGUAUGUGAGAGCAGCAUGCUGGAUAGCAUUUUGCCCUCUCCUGACUUCAAGGUUUUAGUACAAAACUAGUUCAAUAAAUAAGGAUGAAAUA